AUGGACAUGCUGGACAAGCGCCUUAAUGAUAAAGGCAAGAAUUGGAGGCAUGUUUUGAAGGCGCUAAAAGUGCUUGACUACUGCUUGCAUGAAGGAUCUGAGCUGGUCGUGACAUGGGCACGACAGAGUAUCUAUAUCAUCAAAACAUUACGCGAGUUCCAGUAUAUCGAUGAGGACGGCAGAGACGUUGGUCAGAAUGUCCGCGUUGCCGCCAAAGAACUUACUGCACUCAUCUUGGAUGAAGAGAGACUUCGGGCUGAGAGAAGCGAUCGCAAGUCGUGGAAGUCUCGUGUCACAGGCCUUGAAGAGUACGCACCCCAGCAAGUGGGACCUGCACAACCGCGCCCCCGCCGGCGCCCGAGCAAUGAUGACGACGCUGAAUACAGGCUCGCCAUCGAAGCUAGCAAGCACCAGGAAGAGGAGGAUCGCAGAAAGCGGGCAAGCCGUGCAGUCAACGAGGCCGAAGACGAUGACUUGGCUAAGGCCAUCAAACUCAGCAAGGAAGAGGAAGAGCGGCGUCGACGAGAAAUGGAGGACACCAACGCCUCCCUACUUUUCGACGAUUCCCCCGUGCAAACGACGCAACCACAGUAUACUGGUUUCAAUCAAGGCUAUCAACAGGGUAGUGCGGUUGAUUUCUUCGCCAACCCUAUCGACCAGAAUCAGCUCCAGCCCCAACCGACCGGCUUCAUGCCUAACGCCUACACUGGCUAUCAGCAACAACAAGCAACUGGCUUUCCCAAUGGCUAUGGUACUGGUUUUGGAAUGCAGCAAAACAUGGCUAUGGACCCUUACGGACAACAGCAAGGCAUGCAGGGCUUUCAGCCUCAACCAACGGGCUUCAAUCCCUACGCUCAAUCGCAAAUUCAAAGCCCUGCCGCUCAGGAACCCGUUGCGCAGCCAGGGAGCAACAAUCCAUGGUCGACAGGCACAAUGAAGCAAGCGCAGCCGAUGAAGCCAAUGCAAACUGGUUCCAACAAUCCUUUUGCAUCGUCUUUUGGGCGCCCUCAGCCUCAGAGUCAGCCUUCUAUGCCUGCUCUUGGUAGUCUUCCUGAGCAAAAGACACUCUCGACCUUUAGCCAGCCCAGUUAUACUCAGCCCAGUUAUACCCAGCCGAAUCAAACGUCCAGUGCUUUUGGUACUCCACAAAAAGAAUUGACCGAGCACGAGGCCAAGCUCAAUGCUCUGCUCGCUGGGGGCGAUGGCAUGGAUACAUUUGGCAACACCGGCCAAACUCGUAUCCCGGCCCAGCACACGGCACCCGGAACAUUUGUCAACAGUGCAGGAACCGGCGCCAACCGGCUCACGGCGGAAGCGACCGGGAACAAUCCCUUCCUACGAUCGCAAUUUACUGGUAUGCCUAACAUGUCGUAUGGCGGCACGCAAAUGCCCACUGCGACGGGCCCUGCAGGGAUUAAUGGCAGCAACAACCCAUUUGCUGCAACGCGACCACAACAGCAGAAUGGCCAGACGCAAGAUCUUAUACAGUUUUAG